AUGAAAAAUGUGCGGCUGAUGGCACCGUUUGCUAUGCAUUGUAGUGAGUGUCAGCACUUUAUAUACAAAGGCACCAAGUUUAAUGCUCGCAAGCGGAUCACCGACGAAUCGUACCUGGACAUCGCAGUGAUCAGUUUCACAAUUCGAUGUCCGCGGUGUGCCAACGAAAUAGUCUUUAAAACGGACCCCAAAACUAGCGACUAUAUAGUAGUCAGCGGUGGUGCCCGAAAUCUCGAACCUUGGCGGCAAAAGGAGCUAGAGGACGAAACAGUGGAGGAGCGUCUGGCCAGACUGCACGAAGAGGCCAAGUCCAAGCCGAAGGACGCUCUCGAAGAAUUGGAGAAAUCCACAAAUCAAUCAAAGCUGGAGUCUCAGCGAGACCGAGAGUUGCUGGUCGCCAAGAAGAAGGCAGAUAUGGUUCAGGCUGCAGCGGCAAGGGCUGCGCUUGGUCCGGCACAAUCAGAUCUCAAAACUGUAGAUUUGAAACGCGCCCGCCCGGUGCCUGUUCUUGCGACAACCAUGAAAAAGAAGAAAAAGUCUCUUGGGAUUGUCAAAAAAUAA